AACUCUGAGGAAACAGACAGCCUGCCAGUAACCGCUAUGACGAGCGAAUCAUAGCACAAUGCAGUUAGCUAGCUAACGAAAUUAAAUCGAUGUAAAUAAUACAGUUCGUUUAAGAGGAAGUAAACACAAUUUCUAAGUUGUGUGACCCCAAGGAGAUAUUUCGGUUUUUUUUUGUUCGAAGCUUGGCAAUAAGCUAAUGUGCCUUGCUAGCUGGCUAACAUUAGCUAGCUAACUGCAUUGCAACAGUAGCACGAACCUGGCCAUUACAUGGUCAUGUCAGGUUAGUUAAGUUGACCUCAUUUUGGGUCUGGAAACCUUGUAGCUGUUACAGGUGGACUGUUUUAAAGAUUAAGCGUCGUGUGAGCAUUACGAGCCAGGUGAGGAUGACUUAGCGAGAGAGGUUUACAGAAAGUGAUAAAGUUAGAGAGACUCGGAACAGGACAGAAGCAAAACAACUGCGGAUGUCAGUUUGGUUCUGUCAGAAGGGAGUCAACGAAUUGUUUCGAAGUUCGUUUUGAGUAUAAGAAAGGAGUGUAAAAUGAAAGUCAUGGAGAAAAACAUGAUGCGCCUAGUGGCUGUGCAACAUCUCCGCGCAGCGUAUGGGAUAAAGACAAAAAACUGGAACAAAAACAAAGCAGUCAGCUGUAAGACUGCAGCCACCAACUCGACAAAAGUUUUCGGGGUCUCCCUGGAGACAUUACCGUACUAUAAUAUGGAAUGUGGGAGCGUGCCAAGCUUUCUGGUUGACGCAUGUAUGAGGCUGCUGGCGCACGUGGACACAGAGGGCCUGUUCAGAAUCGGCUCUGUCAUCCGCCUGAAAGCACUCAGGGCUAAACUGGAUGCGGGCGAGGAGUGUCUGUCCACUGCACUCCCCUGUGACAUAGCCGGUCUGGUAAAGCAGUUCUUCAGGGAGCUGCCGGAGCCUGUGCUCCCCACAGAGCUGCAGGAGGCAUUUCUCAAGGCCCAGCAGCUCCCCGCCAAGGAGGAUAGGACCUCUGCUACCAUGCUGCUGUCUUGUGUACUACCCGAGAAAAACCUAAGCAUUCUGCGUCACUUUUUGGACUUCCUCUACAAUGUGUCUAUGAGGAGUGCAGAGAAUAAGAUGGACAGCAGUAACUUGUCUGUAAUUCUGGCUCCCAACAUCCUUCACUCAGGAGACGGUACCGAGAAAAUGAACGCUCACACAGAGAAACGCCUCAAGCUCCAGGCAGCCAUAGUGCACUGCUUCAUAGAGAACGCCCACAACUUUGGAGUGUUACCACAGUUUUUGCUUGAGAAAGUACCAGCCAUGAUGGGCUGUGAGGCGGGGGUCCUGUCACCUUCUCAUGAUGGACUUGAAGAGCUGGACUUAAACUCGGGGAUGAAGAAGAAACUUAGGCGCAGCUUCGGAGAUAUGGUCAAUGGUGCUCUGAAUAAGAUAAAAACUAAUAGAACACCCACAAAUGCCUCCCUGUCAGACAGUCUUGUCUUUUCUUCUGCCACUCCUGUGAUUGCAACACCAAGCUCAAAGCGAAAGCUUCCUCUGGAAUCCGGUCAAUCUUUUGGAUUCUCAAACAAGAAACAUAGAUCUGUGAAAAAGACUCUGGGGAUAGACCUACUCUCCAACACUCUGUUCAGUGCCACUUCCACUCCUGGAUCAGCUUACAGUGCUUCUGGGGUCUUGGACUCUCCCCACAAUCCCCUGUCGUCAGCAGGGAAGUCUAGAAGGAUGUCCGCUAUCUCUGUGAGGAGGAAGAGCCGACGACUCAGCAACAGACAUGCUGUCAACAGAGUUGAAUCCGGAAGAGCUGGCUGCUUCUCUCCUAAAGUCAGCAAAAAAGAAGCUCCCCGCAAAUCUCUGCGGCUGCGUUUCAGCCUGGGAAAGAGCAGCAAGGAGGCUGUAUCCGAGUCCAUUGGCUGGCGACUUGCCAUGCAGGAGAGCACUACCAGCUUUCGUUUCACUGAAGAGACAGAGUUCAGUCCAGCUGUUCUGCCUAGAAAAGCCGCAUCAAAAGGCACCAAGUACAUCAGUAAGUCUGAAGACAACCUGCUGACCCCCCAAUGUGACUCAAGUGUCCACCAGACCUCAUGGAGCGGGGAGACUCCAGGAGGAGCGCAGACUUUCCGUGGAGGAUCCUUCACCGACACCCCCAUGAACAUCUGCCUAAAGAACAACUACAACUCUGAGCCGGCCAUCGUCGUAUUGAAGCCCCCAGCAGUGUCCAGCUUUCCUAAGAAGCUGUGUUGUGCUCCAAGCGCUGAGAGCCUCGAGAGCGAGUUCUCUAUCACUGAAGCCCAAAGCCAAACUGCUCCAACCCUGAUGAAAAUAAAGAAGGCCUUCACAGAGUCCAGAAGUGACCUCCAGGAUCCCUGCAACUCUGAGGAGACAGAUGCAUCAAAAACAUUUGAUGGCAUCCUUCCCCAACCACAGACUCCCACAACCAAAGUCCUUCCUGUGGACACGUGUGCCUCCAGCUUCCCAGCUGUUAGCCUCCUGGCUUAUGACCAAAACAUUACCUUUGGCCAGCUUGAAAUCGCUGCCUUAUCACCUUUGCAUAUUGACAGUGUCCUUUUUGAGUCUGGUGCGUACCGUACUCCAGCAGCACAGGCUGAGGCAGGUUCUUUCUGCGCUGCUCCCAUCAGUAGCCACAACAGCUCCACGGUGGGGGAAAGUGAUGCAGAGGAGGAGCAGCUGAACUGCAGCCGGUUGGUUGAUGCCCUGGACAUCCAGAGUCCGGCCCACUUCAAACUGUGGGCCCCCUCCGGACGCCAGUCCACUCCGUACAGGUUGGGCCUUGAAUUCAGAGACGAGUUCAGUACCCCGCCUAAGAUUGGUACUAAACACUGUGCGGUACAAAACCAAUCUUCCUCAGAGAGUGGUGCCGAAAAACAGCAACCCCUCUCCCCACGCAGCCUGGAGACGGAAAAGCGUCGGGUGGCAGACCACAUCCAUCACUUCAACAAGCUCACUCUUCUCUCCCCCAAAGGUGCUUUGGCCAAACACGUCAGAUCACCGCUCCAGUUCAAGCGCACCCCCGUUCGUCAGACCGUGCGCAGGAUGAACUCUCUCCUUGGGGAGAGCAGGAGACCAGUAAGAAAGGAAGACCUCAGCAUCAGCCAGAAUGGUCCGAUGAUGAAGGCAGUGAGCCUCGAGAGCGGCCUCUCCCCUCACCCUCAGCUCCAGCUUCACCUGGGGGAGGGAAAACUGCCAAACAGUGUGUGUCACAUAAAAAAACCACCACCCGUCCCUCCCAAAAAGCCAAGCACCCUGGCACGUAAAGCUAAGGUCUGCGCUCUGGCCGACUUGACCAACAAGUUCCAGCCAAAGACCAACGUGGACAGCUCUGACCAAUCAGGAGCUCAGAAGCCUCUGUUGGAGCAGGUAGAGGAGAAGGACAUGAGCCAUUACAGAGGGUCCCCCAGGAACCCCCUGAACCAAGUACGCCUGAUGUCUGCCACCAAGCCUGUAGAUUUAUAGUUUGAACCUUUUUUGUUUCCUCCAUACUAUGCAGGUCUCUGUCUGCUAAGUGACAUUAAACAUCCCCGCUUAUAUUCAUAUUUUCAGGGGCUUUAAUUUAUUUUUUUAAGCUAUGGUAGGUGAUGUUUGUAUUGUCAAAGGGUCUUAUUGGGAGAAUGUUUGUAUGCCUUGUGAUUGUUUUACUCUAGUAAAACAAGUAUUACAAUAUUGUCAUAUCAGCUCACAGCAUUACGCUGUGUAGUUGGACUGUAGUGUGUAAGCCAAAUGAUGUGUAAUGUGAUUGAUUGUAUGACUGGAAACUGAAAUGGUUUCAGAUCAACGUAAUGCUUUUUUAUUUAUGCAUUAUGUGUCUAAUCCUUAGCUAGAUUUUGUAAAAAAACAAAAACUGUUUACUGAACGUUGAAGCUGUUUUUUUUUUUUUAAUUACAGAAUAUGUCCGCACUGUCUCAUCUUGAACUGAAAAAGAAAAAAUGCACCUUUUUGUUUGGUUUUCUCAACAAACAAAAAAAGCCAAGAAGUAUUGAUCUAUCACAGUCUAUUAAUUACAAAACCGGCUAAAUGCUUUGCUAUGUAAACUGCUUCAGGAAAAAUCAAACCAAUAAAAUCAAACGGUAUACCAUAA